AUGGCGAAGGCAAGCAAGAUGCUCGUGGUUGCAGCAGCCGUGGCGGCCUACUGCGGCUGGCAGAGUGCAUUCGUGCCGCCCCCCACGGGCCGGCAGGUGCCAGUUGCCGCUGCUGCAGGUGCCGCGGCCAUGCUGGGCACUGCGCCCGCGUAUGCCGACAAGAUCGACGACGCGGCCAAGGUUCUCAGUGAGAAGAGCUACCCAUUUUUGAAG